AAUCAAUGCUGGGAACUACAACAGUCAUAAGUCGAGCGGUGUACGGGACUUUGUUGUAUUGUGAAAGAGUCAUUCGGGAUUUUGCGGUGUAUGGAAUACGAAUGUACUAAUAAAUUUUGCUGAACAGAGUAUUGAGUGCCUUGUUCUUGGCCAGCGCACCCACUAACUUAGUGCAGUUGUCAAAACUGCCACGACAACUGACACCUGUUAAUGAAAGAGUGACAGCAGCCAGAGGUGGACUGGAAUUUCUGGCCUCGAACAGAAAGCAUUUUUGGCAAAACCAUAAUACCUAUCAUUGAUCCGACUUCACUUUGAGCGUCCCGAGUUCUUCCUGAACGUCUACAUAUGGUUUUUUUAAGAAAAAUAAAAAAAUAGCUUUGUUAGAGCGAUCUAAAAAAAAAAACUGUUCCAUCUACCUUUUUAAGAAAUCUUCCUGCGUUUUUAAUAUGGGAGCCAAUGAGGCUGUUGGUGGGUGUUGGUGGCGCAUCUAUGCGUCUUACGCCCAAACUAUAACUCUGACAGCUUUACCAGAGAAUUUGUCUCAUCCGGUGCGGCAGUUGGCAGUAAGCAGUAACCAUAGCAACGGUUAAAACGGAAGGAGAAUAAGAAGAAAAGGAGAGAUGGCGGCGGUAGCUUCAGUUCUGCGGUCCAAGCCGGAUUUGGAAAAGUUCUUACAGACUCUGGAGGAAACUACAGCCACCAAAUAUAUCGUUCAUAGCUGUGACAAGAACUUUCUAGAUGCUGCAUGGCAGCCGACUCAACGGAUGAGAGUGCGGUGGGAGUGGAGUCAGGAGAGUGGAACAGCCAGCAUCCCCUUUGAUGGCCUGCCCUUCAUUUUCAUUGGCUAUCAGUAUUUUGGCUGUCACCAGGGGAGAGAUAAGGCCAAACAGAAGAAACUCAAAUAUGCUGAGGCAAAGGAAAAGGAGUACAAUCAGAAGAACAGACGUCUUGUCCAGAACACAAAGAAGGUUGGCUGCCCUGCAGUGCUCAACAUUUCCAGGAUUGCUAAAUUUCCAGGUUAUAAGUUGGAGGAGAAUAAGGAGCAUCAGCGGAGGAAAAUGGUGACAUCCCUGAAGGAGGCUCUGGAGAAGGAUCCAUCCUCCGUCCUGUGGGAGAAUCUCUACUAUGUGAGGACACCUGUCAUCCAAGACCACGUUGGCCACCCCGUGUACGGACAGGGUGCCGUUGUCCGAGAGCCGGUGGAUGAGCGCGUGAAGAACCACAUCAUAGAGCUCUCCAGAGGCAGGGUGAGAGAAGUGAGCGAGGUAAGGUGGCACUCCAAACAGUUUGUGGAGAGACACCUCUUCAAGGACCAACGGCCGCCGUCUCCGUCGAGGAGGAGGUUCUACCCCACGGACAAAGAUAUCAGAAACCUGGUGCAGAAAGCUGAAGAGUCAGGAGGGAGCUCUGGUACGGACCAGGAGAAUCUACAGCUUUUUUACCCGCUGCCUCCUGCUGAGGAGAAAGCUGACAUCACACUGGAUCCUCCGAAAAGAAAAAAGGGGCAAACCGACGUCUUGAAAAAGGAGUGCACCAGACACCUGAAAUCUAUAAUGGAUUAUGUGAAACUCCUAAAAGAUGACACGUACCUGAAGGAACUGAGGGGAAAUAUUAAGGACAUGCACGAUCAGGUUGUGUCACAGGUGCCGGAGGUGCAAGUUCGACUGCUGCAGAAAGCAUCAAAAAAAAGAAAGACGAUUCCCUCUGAUGCCAUGCCGCUGCCGAAGCAGCCAAAACAACACACCGACACUAACGGAGUGAAUGUAGGCUCUUUGCAGAAGAGGAACAGGAACUCUGUCAAAGCAAAUACCAAACUGUAAUUGAGACUACUUCACGGAUUAUGAGAUAAUGCACCAUUGACUGGAAGGUGACACCAAACCAUUUCCUGGUAAAAAGAAAACCUGUUCGACAUGAUACAGAAACACAAAGUUGUCAAACUUGUCAGAUCAGGUUCCUCACUGUUACCGCCCACCAGCUUAUCCAUGUAGCACCCUAUAAUGUAAUAAUUUCCUGAUAAUGUAAUAACACCUGAAAAUGUAAUAAAACCCAAUAAUGUAAUAAAAUGACUGACUGAUAUUUGGUUAUUAUAUCAUUUUCAAUAUGAAAUUGACAUCUUUCUCUAUGCCAAGUGACAGUGGUCAGCUGUCAUACUUAUAGUAUAUUAUGAUACUGGUAUCAUGUAUAAAAUAAUAAAAAUGACAAAACUUGACAGUUAUUUUUCUCCUUUUUGGGGUUUAUACAGGGUUUCUGAAGUUGUAUGUUGUUUCUUAGAGUAAAGAUUUAAAUCCCGUUUUAUUGACGUGACAUAAUUUCUGCAACGCUAUCUGCCGUUGUCAUGAAUCAGGCAGGAUCCAAAUGCAGUACAACCAAGAUUGAGAGCGAGGUCUCCUUUAUUGUUCCACACACAACAGGAAACAAUAAACACAA